GGUUCAAGUUGCGGUGCGCAGUCCGCUACGUACUUUCACACGACAUGUCACGCCUUCUGUGCCUCGCGGUGGCGCUCAGCUGCACCCUGGACGCGCGCGCCGGGACAUUGCCGUCCUUUCUGAGAGCUUGUUCGGCGUCAGACCCAAAUCUCAGUCAGUGCGUGGAGAAGGUGAUAGCGGUCGGGGGAGGGAAAUUCGCAAAGGGCAUCCCGGAGCUGGGAAUCGCGUCCCUUGAUCCGGUACACCUGGGUAGGGUGGUUGUCGACAACCCCGCUCUGAAGCUCACCUUCGACGACACCGUCGUUACCGGUCUCGGUGGCUUCGUCGUAAACUCUUAUAAGAUUGACACGGAGAAAGGAAAAGCUACACUAGACUUCACGGCCAACGUAACACUGAAGGCACAUUAUGACAUGGAUGGGCAGGUGCUCAUCUUGCCAAUCAGAGGAAACGGAGAAGCCAAAAUAAAAAUCACCAACCUUAACAUCGUCAUCAAGUAUGACUACAAGACUGUCGACGGUUACUGGACGGUGACGGGUUACAAAGAUAGCUACAAUAUGGACCGUGCGCAGUUCAAAUUCACUAAUCUUUUCAACGGCAACAAGGAGCUGGCAUCUACAAUAAAUAGAGUGAUCAAUGACAACUGGGAGCCUGUAAUCCGUGACAUCGCUCCUGUGGCCUUUGAGACCAUUAUCAGUGCGUGCGUCAACGAGGCCAAGAAACUGUUCGCUGCCGUUCCUGCUGACCGAUUACUGCUGCCUUGAUGUAAGCGGUACAAACAAAUGUCAGGAUAAUCUACAGAAAAUCGGUUUUCCGUUACCCGUGAAGACAUGAUUUCUAAGUGCAUUAGUAUAAUAAUGAAUCCCGCCCAGUUUGCCUUUUAUAUAGUCUUUAAGAUUUAUUUUAUUCGGAUGUAGUUUCAACUUCGUCUGAAAUAGUAGCAGUAUGGUAAUUGGACCUUUUAAUAAUUAAGAAAAUAUGUGUAAAUAAAAAGAAAGUUGUACCUAAGCGUUGUAAAUAUAAAAAAUGUUGUUUUCGGAUCAAAAUUUUUUAUAAUGUAAAACAGCACUAAUGUAAUUUGAUUUAGACUGUUCUCAUUUUUAAAUGAAUUACGUUAUUAAUAGUGGCAGUAUGUUAUUCAUGUUUUACAACUAACCGGUAGACGCUCCAGGCUCGUUGCCGUAAGGUCGCCGGUUGCACAUUUCCGUGUCAAUAUUGUAACUUCCUCUCGAUGCGCACAAUCCUCUUUUCGGGGCCAGCCAUCACCAAGCACGUGUGUGUGCAACUCUAUAUCCUUCCCGUAGCUGUAGUAUUUAUACCUACUUAAUAAUAAUUGAUCUUUUAAUUAUUAAUACCGCGUUAAUUUAUCUACGCCGAGGUAAGAACAGCUGAGUUUCAUUAUUGGACGUCAAGACAAAAUACCAUCCGUUUUACCUCGACGUCCGUCGUUUCACAACUGAGCGUUUUCUAAGGCAGUUUUUGCCGCGCACCACCAUUAUGUCGAACCA